CUCGCGCGCACAUGCUCACUGGGACCUCGUGAGGACUUCGGAGGGCACGUUCCCUCGAAGGGAAAGCGAAUCGCGCCUUUGCCGGCUGCGGACUUUCAAGCCCGAGCGGUGACGGCUGCCUUUAAGCGCCGGGAGGCUCCUUCGCUCUCUUCUCUCCUCGAGCGCCGGCGGGGUCGGGGAACUCGGGCGGUGCCAGACGCUCAGCAGCAGACCGCGGUAUAAGGAAAUGCUAGAUCUAGUGACACCACCCAGCUUGACUGUAAAUAAAGAAUAUCCUGACAUUCUGAAGCUUAACCUUUCGAACACUUAUGCUACGGUUCCAGAUGACAUAGAAGGCAACCAGAAAUCUGCACCUCGACAUUCUUUUCAUCUUUACACUACCAAACAUUAUCCCCAUAUAGUAACAGUUCCAUCCUUUGCAACAAUGGCUACUUAUGGGCAGACUCAGUACAGUGCAGGCAUCCAGCAAACUGCUGCUUAUACUGCGUAUCCACCCCCUGGGCAACCAUAUGGAAUUCCUUCCUAUUCCAUCAAAACAGAAGAUAGCCUGAGCCAUUCACCUGGUCAGAGUGGAUUUCUUAGCUAUGGAUCCAGCUUCACAACAGCAACAUCAGGCCAGACACCUUAUGCUUACCAAAUGCAUGGUACCUCAGGGAUUUACCAGGGACCUAACAGCCUGACGGGUUCUGCAGGGUUCAGCACAGGGUUGCACCAGGACUAUUCUUCAUAUCCCAGCUUCACACAAAGCCAGUAUUCACAGUAUUACAACUCUUCCUACAGUUCAUCAUAUAUGUCUGCAAAUAACAUUAGCCCAUCAACCAUCCCAACGUCACCUUAUUCUGUCCAAGAGUCAUCACACAACGUUAGCAGUCAGAGCACUGAAUCACUUCCUGGUGAAUAUACAACACCGGUAAAAGGCAUAGAAUCUGACAGACAGCACAGGGGAACUGACGGAAAACUACGAGGACGAUCAAAAAGAAGCAGUGACCCAUCCCCGGCAGGAGACACUGAUAUUGAGCGUGUGUUUGUAUGGGACUUGGACGAGACGAUAAUUAUUUUUCACUCCUUACUCACGGGAACUUUUGCCUCCAGAUACGGGAAGGACACUACUACGUCAGUUCGGAUAGGCCUUAUGAUGGAAGAAAUGAUUUUCAAUCUUGCAGAUACACAUCUGUUCUUUAAUGACCUGGAGGACUGUGACCAGAUACAUAUAGAUGAUGUAUCAUCAGAUGACAAUGGACAAGAUUUAAGCACAUAUAAUUUCUCAGCAGAUGGUUUUCACAGUUCAAAUACUGGAGCAAAUCUUUGUCUGGGCUCCGGAGUUCACGGGGGAGUUGAUUGGAUGAGGAAAUUAGCAUUCCGCUACCGGAGAGUGAAAGAACUCUACAACACCUACAAAAACAAUGUUGGUGGUUUAAUAGGAGCUCCUAAGAGGGAAAGCUGGCUGCAGUUAAGAGCAGAACUGGAAGCACUCACUGAUCUCUGGCUAACACAUGCUUUGAAAGCGUUGGAUUUGAUACAUUCCCGGCCUAACUGUGUAAAUGUUUUGGUGACUACAACUCAGCUUAUCCCAGCACUUGCAAAAGUUCUGUUGUAUGGACUAGGUGUGGUCUUCCCCAUUGAAAAUAUUUAUAGUGCAACCAAGACAGGGAAAGAAAGCUGUUUUGAAAGGAUAAUGCAGAGGUUCGGGCGGAAAGCUGUGUACAUUGUAAUAGGAGAUGGUGUUGAAGAGGAACAGGGGGCCAAAAAGCACAACAUGCCUUUCUGGAGGAUCUCCUGCCAUGCUGAUCUCGAGGCUCUGCGGCACGCGCUUGAGCUAGAAUAUUUGUAGCAAAUCCAGAUGUGUCUGCAGCAGCUUUCUGAUCCCUGAAGAUGACAUCUAUUUUAUUGGCAUUUUCUGCUCUCCAUUUCCUGAGUGGAGAACCUUCCAACGAAAGAACCUGCAUCAGAAGCUCAAAAUAUUCACUUCCUUUUUUUUUUUUUUUUUUGAAAAAUGGAGGAAAAGCGUUGAAAUUACUGAAAAACUGGAUGCUUAAACUGAAUGGAACUUUUGCCUUGUACAUAUCUUCCAGGCAUGCAGAAGACCAGGUGUGGGUUUAUUUGAUAGUGUUUUUUUUUCUCUUUCUUUAAUAAAUGGAUAAAAGUUGGGAAGACAUGACAUGGAGUUUCUACGCAUAUAGGCUGGACAGUUAUCAAUCUGAAUCAGUUUCUGAAGAGGAAAAAAAAAGAUUGAAAUAGAUGUGGGGUUUUUUGUAUUUUUUAAUUUAUGAACUAAUACUAUUACUCCAAUGUUAAGCUCAGUACUUGUGUUUGUAUCUACUGGGUUGGAUGGACUCAGCCCUUUCUAAUUUAAUAUCUUUUUUCUCCAGGGUGAACUUUGGGGGGACAAUCAUAAAUAGCGUCCAUUUGAAAUGAGCACAUUUGGGACUGUCAGUCUAAGAAGUAGAGCUAGUUAUAAAGAACAGUGGCAUGUAGUCUUCACACAUGCCUACAUAGGCUACCACCUUGAUUUUCUCAUGGUUGAGAGGAGAAAUUACCUUGUGGUGAGUGAAUGGCAAUAAAACUAUGUUUACAAUAUA